AUGGAAUGUUGGCAUUAUGUUGAGACUACUUCAUCAGGACAGCCAUUAUUGAGAGAAAAUGAGAAAGAUAUAUUAAUAGAUCAUAAAAUAGGGUUAUAUUAUGGGAAAUCAAGAAUAUUAAAUAGGCAAUCUGGUAGGAUAUUUUUAACUUCACAGAGACUGAUAUAUGUUGAUGAUUUAGACCCUACUAAAUAUUCAAUUUGUUUAGAAUUAAAUGAUAUCGAAUCAGUUGAAUAUUCAUCAAACUUUCUUAAAAGGUCAGCCAGAAUGAUUCUAUUCUUAAAAGAUCUGGAGACAGCUGCAUUACAAAACAAGUUACUUGGAAUUGAAUUAAAUAAACAAAUUGGUACUUCAACUUGGGUUUGUCCAAUCUGUAUGUUCACAAAUGAAGUUCAAGGAGAAUUUACGAAAGAUUUGAACCCUUUACCAGUAUGUGAGAAUUGUGGUAUUCCUGCGGAUUAUGAAAUGACAAAAUCAUCGAUUAAUUACUCAAAUAACAGUAAAAAUAAUAAUGAAUCAAAAAUACAGGAUUCAAAAAAAUCAAGGUUAAAAGGUGGUAAUACUUGCCCUGCUUGUACAUUUAUUAAUCAUCCACAAAUGAAUAAUUGUGAAAUUUGCGGCUUUAGAUUACCAAAUACAAAGAUACGAUCAAAAUAUAAUUCAAAUGCAAAGACAUUUAAAGAUUCAAGGUUUAAUAUAGAACUUGAAAAUGGAACCCUCCCAAAUAAAGAAGCCUCAAAUUUUGUACAAUUUAGCUUUCGAAAAUCUGAUGGAUUACUAUUCUCUCAAGCAACCAAAAAAGCUGUAGAUGAUUUGAGAAAGGAAAAGACUAAACAUAUUUUUAAUGCGGAUUUAGUUUCAGUGAAUGGGGAACUAGUAAAUACCCAAGAAUCCAAAAACCUACCAUUUUUAGAAACAAAACCAAAUAAAGUUGGUAUUACAAGUUUAGAAAAUUCUAGAGAAGUACAACUUUUGAACAACGAUAUAUUAUUCAACAAUGCACUAACAGAUUUAAAUAAAUUAAUGUCAUUAGCAAGUGAAAUUGAAAAAUUAUACAAAACAUAUAGAAAAAAUGGAGAUGAAGAAACAAAACAGAAAUCAGUUUUAAUGAUAGACCGAGACAAAUUCUAUAAUAAAUCACUAUUCUUAGAUGAAAUUGCUCGUGAAAUAUAUGAGUUUGCGAUAUUUGAAUUCAAGCAAAAGGAUGAAAGCCAAAAAUUAAUCCUUGUUACUCUGGUUGACUUAUAUGCUAUGUAUAAUAAAUCAAUGAGAAUUGGGAUUGGAUAUAUAUCACCAAAGGAAAUGAAAGAGGCAUGUGAGAGAUUUGAAGAUUUGGGAUUACAUGAACUAAAGCUGACAAGAAUAAAUGGUAGAGUGCUAUGCUUAUCCUCAUCAGAUUCAUUCGAAAAUAUCAAAGAAAUGAUAUUGAAAAUCAUCGAGUCUUGCAAUGGAUGCGACUUAUUACAGCUGACAAAAAUUUUAAACGAGUCAUCAUCAAAUUGUUGGACAAUUGGUGUAAUUACCGAAAUCAUACAAAAUAGCAUCAAUACUGGUGAUAUUCUAAUAGAUGAGCAAUUGAGCGGUAUAAAUUACUAUAAGAAUACUAUAUGGAAUAUUAACAAAUAA